AUGAGGCGCCGUUACUCAGGCGCGCGGGAUUCCCCCGCGGAGCUGCUGUGGAAGUUCCGCGGCGUCGUCGCGGUGGUGUCCGUGCCGAUCUUCCUCUUCCUCGCCGUUUUGCUCCUGAUGCCACGAGCGGCGGACGACAGCCUGGACUUUUCGAGCAACGCGAUGGACCGCGACGCGAGACUCUCUCAGGCCGCUUCGUCUCCGACCGCGAACAACGCCGCCGCCGACGACGACGCGCGCAAGUACGCGAUCGUCUUCGACGCGGGCAGCACCGGCAGCAGGGUGCACGUCUAUCGCUUCGACGAAACCGAAGACGGCUCGCUCGCGCUCGUGGACGACACGUUCGAGCAACUCAAACCGGGGUUGAGCUCGUUCGCGAAGUUUCCGUCAGAGGGCGCGGACAGCAUCGACCCGCUGUUAGAGAUCGCGAUGAAGACGGUGCCCGAAGCGAGGAGGGCGACGACGACCGUGGAAGUUCGCGCGACCGCAGGGUUGAGGCUCCUGCCAGGGAAAGAGGCGGACGGUUUGCUCGACGCGGUCAGAGCGAAACUCAAAGGCUACCCGUUCUCGUUCAACGACGACUCCGUGUCCAUAAUGGACGGCGCGGAGGAAGGCGCGUUCCAGUGGCUGACGAUGAACUAUCUUCUAGGUAACCUCGACGGCGACCUCUCGGACACGGUCGCGACGGUGGAUCUUGGCGGCGGCAGUGUCCAGCUCGCGUACGCCGCGGAAGAGAAACACGUCAAGGCCGCGCCAGAGGGGUACUUCAAGGCGAUGACGAGCGGGUCGAAAAAGUACCACGUGUACGUGUACUCGCACUUGGGGUUUGGCAUCAUGGCCGCGAGGGCGGCGGUGCUGGGGAGCGCCAACGGCGCGCCGAGCCCUUGCGUCCCCACCGGGCACAGCGGCACGUACGAGUAUGGCGGCAAAACGCACAACGUGACGGGAGGCUCUACCCCGGCGAACGCGACGGAGUGCAAACGCGUCGUGAACGGUGUCCUCGCGCCGGACACGAAGUGCGGAAAGGUCGUGCGGCAGACCGAUUGCAGUUUCAACGGGGCGUGGGACGGGUCUCGCGGGCCGGGGACGGGUAAAUUUUAUCUGUCCUCGUACUUGUUCGACAGAGUCACUCAGGCUGGUCUCGUCGAUCCGGGCGAACCGAGUGGAACGACGACGCCGGGGGAAAUCUUGAAAGUCGCGGAGAAGGCGUGCGAGAUGACCGUGGACCAGAUCGCCGUUGAGUACAGAGACGUGGACGCGAAGGAUGCGCCGUACUACUGCCACGACUUGUCGUAUGCGCACUCGUUACUCACCGUGGGAUACAAGAUCCACGACGAGGACGUCGUCACGCUCGUGAAACAGGUGGAGUACAACGGGCAGCUCACGGAGGCGGCGUGGCCGCUCGGGGCGGCGAUCAACGCGCUGUCGAAUUGAAAUGAAGUGAAUUGAAUUGGUAUUUAUGGACGACUUUUUCU